AUGGCCGACCAGCCGGAGCAUAAGAAGAAGGUCAACCUUCAGGAUGUAUCUGGAGCAGAAAUUAAGAACGAAGAUGACACCGCGACUGCUAUCCUCAAGAAGAAGAAGAAGGUGAAUCAGUUGAUGGUCACGGAUGCCGUCAACGAUGACAACUCCAUCAUCGCCCUCUCUGAAAACACCAUGGAGGCACUGCAGCUCUUCCGCGGUGACACUGUUCUGGUUCGCGGCAAGAAACGCAAGGACACUGUCUUGAUUGUGCUAGCAGACGACGAUCUGGAUGACGGUAGCGCCCGUAUCAACCGCGUCGUCCGCCACAACCUUCGCGUCAAGCACGGUGACAUGAUCACUAUCCAUCCUUGCCCUGACAUCAAAUACGCCAAGCGUAUCGCAGUCCUUCCCAUCGCCGACACAGUUGAGGGAAUCACCGGCUCGUUGUUCGACGUCUUCCUCGCCCCGUACUUCCGUGAGGCGUACCGGCCCGUUCGCCAGGGAGAUCUUUUUAUUGUCCGUGGCGGAAUGAGGCAAGUCGAAUUCAAAGUCGUCGAAGUCGAUCCUCCCGAGUACGGCAUUGUAGCUCAAGACACCGUCAUUCACUGCGAAGGUGAUCCAAUCGAGCGCGAUGAGGAGGAGAACAACCUGAACGAGGUUGGUUAUGACGACAUCGGCGGCUGCAGGAAGCAGAUGGCUCAAAUCCGUGAGAUGGUGGAGCUGCCCCUCCGCCACCCCCAGCUUUUCAAGUCCAUCGGCAUCAAGCCGCCUCGUGGUGUGCUUCUUUACGGUCCUCCCGGUACAGGCAAGACCCUCAUGGCGCGAGCUGUCGCCAACGAGACAGGUGCUUUCUUUUUCCUGAUCAACGGCCCUGAGAUCAUGUCCAAAAUGGCUGGAGAAUCGGAGUCAAACUUGCGCAAGGCUUUUGAGGAGGCUGAGAAAAAUUCGCCCGCCAUCAUCUUUAUCGACGAGAUUGACUCCAUCGCUCCCAAGCGUGAGAAGACCAAUGGAGAGGUUGAGCGCCGUGUCGUCUCUCAGCUUUUGACUCUAAUGGACGGCAUGAAGGCUCGUUCGAACGUUGUAGUCAUGGCCGCCACCAACCGCCCCAACUCUAUCGAUCCUGCCCUUCGGCGAUUUGGCCGCUUCGACCGCGAGGUCGAUAUCGGCAUUCCUGACCCUACUGGUCGCCUUGAGAUCCUCCAGAUCCACACCAAGAACAUGAAGCUAGGUGACGACGUCGAUCUGGAGCAGAUAGCCUCCGAAACUCACGGCUAUGUCGGUUCUGACGUGGCUGCCCUUUGUUCCGAGGCCGCCAUGCAGCAGAUUCGCGAGAAAAUGGAUCUCAUUGACCUCGACGAGGAUACGAUUGAUGCUGAAGUUCUCGACUCUCUGGGCGUCACUAUGGAAAACUUCCGCUUUGCCCUUGGGGUCUCUAACCCCUCUGCUCUGCGCGAGGUUGCUGUUGUGGAGGUACCUAAUGUUCGUUGGGAAGAUAUUGGCGGUCUUGAAAGCGUCAAGCAAGACCUCAAGGAGAGCGUUCAGUACCCUGUGGAUCAUCCCGAGAUGUUCCUCAAGUUUGGCCUUUCGCCAUCACGAGGUGUUCUUUUCUACGGUCCCCCUGGUACCGGUAAGACGAUGUUGGCUAAGGCUGUUGCCAACGAGUGCGCUGCCAACUUCAUUUCCGUCAAGGGUCCGGAACUCUUGAGCAUGUGGUUCGGCGAAUCUGAAAGCAAUAUCCGCGAUAUCUUCGACAAGGCUCGCGCUGCUGCUCCUUGCGUCGUUUUUCUCGACGAGCUUGACUCCAUCGCCAAGGCCCGUGGAGGCUCUGUUGGGGAUGCUGGUGGUGCUUCUGACCGUGUUGUCAACCAACUUCUUACAGAAAUGGAUGGCAUGACGUCAAAGAAGAACGUUUUUGUUAUCGGCGCCACGAACAGGCCUGAGCAGCUUGACCCGGCUCUUUGCCGUCCUGGGCGUCUUGACUCACUCAUCUACGUGCCUCUGCCCGAUGAAGAGGGCAGACUUGGUAUUCUCUCAGCCCAGCUCCGCAAGACGCCCGUCGCCGCAGAUGUUGAUCUCAACUACAUCGCGUCCAAGACACAUGGCUUCUCUGGUGCUGAUCUUGGGUUCAUCACUCAGCGCGCUGUCAAGAUCGCCAUCAAGGAGUCUAUCGCUUUCGACAUAGAGCGUGUCAAAGCGCGCGAGGCUGCUGGCGAGGAGGCGAUGGAUGAGGAUGCGGAAGACCCGGUUCCCGAGCUUACUAAGCGUCACUUUGCUGAGGCCAUGCAGCUUGCGCGGAAGUCUGUGACUGAUGUCGAAAUACGUCGCUACGAGGCAUUCAACCAGCAAAUGAAGAACGCUGGGCCUGGAGCGUUCUUCCAGUUCCCGGAGGGGGAUCCUGGUGCCAACGCUGGCGCCGGAAACAGCUUUGGCGAUGCCGGUAACGACGACGAUCUUUACGAUUAA